CUCCCCCCCCCCCGCCGGCCUAUGGGGGAGGCUGGGGCGCUGCAAGAUAGCUGGACUUCAACUCCCAGAAUUCCAAAGUCCAAUCCAGCCUCUUCUUGAAGGCUUGCAGCGAUGAAGCUGGCACAGUGAUGAGACGCCCUCUUCUUGGAGACAUCCAGUGAGUCUCAACAUCUUUUUUACAUCGUGGUGACGAAAACUGGAUGCAAUAUUCCAGGUGUGGUCUUACCAAGGCUUUGUAAAGUGGUGUUAACACUUUCAGUUGUGCAAGAAGCGUAGAAGAGAUUACAUAGGUUCAUUUCCCCUGCUGUCGACUGUUCAUCUGCAGCCUUCCCGGGAGAUGGAAAAGAAGAGGGUGGCAAUUAUUGGAGCCGGCUCCAGUGGGCUUUGUAACAUCAAAUGCUGCUUGGAAGAAGGUCUGGAUCCUGUGUGCUUUGAAAGGAGCGAUGAUAUUGGGGGGCUCUGGAGAUUCAAGGAGAAUCCGGAGGAAGAGCGGGCUAGUAUCUACAAGUCCGUGAUCAUCAACACCUCCAAAGAAAUGAUGUGCUUCAGUGACUUCCCCAUCCCACAGGAUUUUCCCAACUACAUGCACAACUCAAAGAUCAUGGACUACUUCCGGAUGUAUGCUGAGCACUUUGACCUUCUGAAAUACGUCCGCUUCAAGACCAAAGUCUGCAGCGUAACAAAGCGCCCCGAUUUCUCUACCAGCGGCCAGUGGGAGGUCACCACCGAGUCAGAGGGGAAGCAGGAGUCGUCCGUUUUUGACGCCGUUUUGGUCUGCACCGGCCACCACACCACCCCACAUCUGCCCCUGGGGUCCUUCCCGGGGCUUAGCACGUUCAAGGGCCACUACUUACACAGCCGGGAUUACAAGAGUCCCGAUGCAUUUACAGGGAAGAGAGUCAUCGUGAUCGGCAUCGGGAACUCGGGCGUGGACCUCGCGGUGGAGAUCAGCCACACAGCGCAACAGGUCUUCCUCAGCACGCGCCGAGGAGCCUGGAUACUAACCCGUGUGGGGGAUAAAGGCUACCCAUUCGACACUGGAGUUAGCCGAGCUCAUUUACUCCUGAAGCAAAAUCUUCCCUUGUCCAUGAUCGAACGAUUCAUACAGGGCAAAUUAAAUAGCAAGUUCGACCAUUCUCAUUAUGGCUUGAAACCUAAGCACGGAUUUCACGGCCAGCAUCCCACCGUCAACGAUGACCUCCCAAAUUGCCUUAUUUCAGGGAAAGUUGUCAUGAAAUCCAACAUCGCCGAGUUUACCGAAACGGCUGCCCUCUUUGAUGAUGGCUCUAAGGAAGAGGAUAUAGACUGCGUUAUCCUGGCUACAGGAUACAGUUUCUCCUUUCCUUUCCUGGGGAACCUCAUGACGGUUGUUGAAAAUCAGAUCCCCUUAUAUAAGUUUGUCUUCUUGCCUAAUCUGGAGAAAUCCACCCUGGCAAUCAUUGGUCUUGUGCAGCCGCUGGGGGCCAUCAUGCCCAUUGCAGAAAUGCAAGCCCGCUGGGCCACGCGGGUCUUUAAGGGGCUUGCUCAGCUGCCAUCCACAAGUGAGAUGAUAUCCGAUAUUAUGGAUAAGAAGAUUGCCAUGGCAAAAAGGUAUGUGAAAAGUCAGCGCCACACCAUCCAGGUGGACUACACAGACUAUAUGGAUGAACUGGCUUCUCUGAUUGGGGUCAAGCCCAACAUAUGGUCCCAGUUUAUCACCGAUCCUAAGCUGGCCCGGGAGCUUUUGUUUGGGCCGUGUACUCCGUAUCAGUACCGCUUGCAAGGGCCAGGAAAAUGGGAGGGUGCCAGGAAAGCUAUCCUGACCCAGCAUGAACGGAUCUUGAAACCCUUAAGAACCAGGCCAGUUGCCCAAUCAGACAACCAGGCCUCAGUUCCCAGUUGGCUUAAGCUGGCUGGCCUUCUGGUUCUGCUCGCUGCAAUUUGGGCUUAUUUCUAAGUCCACCAAAGUCCUCUCCACUUAAUCCAGGGGUAGGCAACCUUGGCUCUUUUAGGACUCGUGGACUUCAACUCCCAGAAUUCCUGAGCCAGGUUUCCAAGCGGAGCCACGGGAGUUGAAGGCCACGAAUUCUGGGAGUUGAAGUCCACGAGUCCUAAAAGAGCCAAGGUUGCCUACCCCUGUCCUAAUCCAAUCCCAAUCUACAUAGAUGCUUGCACUAUGAUUUCACCUUUGUGCCUUUAAUAACUUACCUAUUAAGUCUGCAGAUAUAAACAGGCAGGCUUGAUUUUUCUAAAAGAAGCAAAAUUUUACCAUGUUAUGUAUGUGUUUCGCCCACAAAUGAUUGUUUUAACAUUUCUUAUUAGGGAACAAUUUUGUGUUAAUUCGUUUUGUUGAUUGUACUUUUAUCAGUCAGUGACCAAAAUAAAGAAGGGGGCUGGACUAGAAGAUCUCCAAGGUUCCCCUUGAAUUCUUCUGAGUUCUGUAUCCCAACUUUUUGAUUCAAACCGUCUUGGUUUCCUGGCGAGUUUUCCUGAUCCUCAGGCUGCUUUCGCUCGUGAAAACAAAGACGGGGGCCUGGUUUGUCAAAGUCCAGAUGGGUUGCGAAAACAGUACUCCUCUGAUUGGUUCACAGAGUUAGCUCCCCUCGCUGCCACCCCCUGGAGCCAGUCCAGAUUAUAGGUCAUCCUCAACUUCCAACUGUUCAUUUAGUGACCAAAAUUACAACUGCCUCAACAGAGUCAAAAAGCGACCACCCGUAAGGUUAGCCAAAAUGGGUCCAAAUGCUGGAAAUGUAAAACAGCAAUAGGAUCAUAUUAUCGUAUGUGAUGGGAAUGCUCAAAGGCUCGCGAGUAUUGGAAUAGGAUACGAAGAUGGCUGAAAGAUAUAUUAAUGUUGGACUUAAAUAAAAUUUUGAAAAAAAAAA